AUCUCCCUUCUUCUUUAUCAUCAUAGUAGGGAACAGCCUUUUCAAUGACAGAACGGGACCGGCUUGAUCUUCGAGGACUUCUUCCACCAAAUGUAAUGUCUUCAGAGCAGCAAAUUGAACGAUUUAUGGUUGACCUGAAGAGGCUUGAAGUUCAAGCAAGAGAUGGGCCUUUAGAUUCAAAUGCUUUGGCCAAAUGGCGAAUUCUGAAUAGAUUGCAUGAUAGAAAUGAGACAAUGUACUAUAAGGUUUUGGUUGCUCACAUCAAGGAGUAUGCGCCAAUAGUAUAUACACCAACCGUAGGUCUUGUUUGUCAGAACUAUAGUGGCUUGUUUAGAAGGCCAAGGGGAAUGUAUUUCAGUGCAGAAGAUCGUGGAGAAAUGAUGUCAAUGGUUUAUAAUUGGCCUGCUGAACAGGUUGAUAUGAUUGUUGUUACAGAUGGAAGUAGAAUAUUAGGUCUUGGAGAUCUUGGAGUACAUGGAAUCGGUAUUGCAAUUGGGAAGUUGGAUAUAUAUGUUGCUGCUGCUGGGAUAAAUCCUCAGAGG